AAAGGAUUUUUUAAAAAAUAUUAAUUCAAAAAAUAUCGACUUGGUUUAUUGAUCGGGAACGAAUCUGAUCGGUUCGGAUCAGACCCUUGUGAGGUUCUUCAAUGGCGCAGCUACUCUCCCCUGUUUGCACUGAUCUUCUCAAGUUUCAGAGCUCUGUUCUCAGCUCCAGAUCAAGUACCUCGCGAUUCUCGGCGAAGACUAGCGGCGCUGCUUCGUCGUGGUGCUUACGAAAGAGACGAAGCAGCAGCACCAUCGGAAGAUUGAGAGUUGCAACGGAAGACGCUUCUUCUCUCUCCACCGGCGACGUCGCCGAUGACUACUACGCCGUUCUCGGAUUGCUUCCAGAUGCGACACCAGAGGAGAUCAAGAAAGCUUAUUAUAACUGUAUGAAGUCUUGUCAUCCUGACUUGAAUGGGAAUGACCCUGAAACCACAAACUUCUGCAUGUUCAUUAACGAUGUUUACGAGAUUCUUAGUGACCCUGUACAGAGAAUGGUGUACGAUGAGAUCCAUGGGUACGCAGUGACUGCUACCAAUCCUUUUCUUGAUGACUCUAGCCCGAAAGAUCAUGUCUUUGUUGAUGAGUUUGCUUGUAUAGGGUGCAAGAACUGUGCCAAUGUGGCUCCGGAUAUAUUUCAGAUUGAGGAGGAUUUUGGGAGAGCAAGGGCGUGUAACCAGCGUGGCAAUCCUGAUUUGCUUCAGCAAGCAGUUGAAACAUGCCCGGUUGAUUGUAUAUAUCAGACUUCUGCGGGGCAGUUGUCGUUGCUUGAAGAUGAGAUGCGUAGGGUUGAGAGAGUGAAUGUUGCUCUGAUGCUUUCUGGAAUGGGGUCAGGAGCUGUUGAUGUUUUCAGAAUGGCGAGAUCUCGAUGGGAAAAGAGGCAAGCAAAAGUCUUGAAUCAAGCUAGAAGUAGAAUGAUGAAGCGGAAAAGCACAGACGAGGAACCUUCCUAUUGGGAUAACCUCUGGGGGAAAGAUAAUCAAUACCAGAAAAGCGAGGAAGAAGUACAAGAACGAGCACAGCGAGCCGCCGCAGCAGCUAGGAGAUGGAGGGAAUACUCACGAAGAGGCGUGGAUAAGAGGCCCACCUUCAAACUCCCUGACUCCUCCUCCUCCUCCAGAGGAGACAACUGAAACCACCACCUCCAGACAUGAUAGUAAAAGUAUAUAUGUAAUAACUUCACUGUUCUAGAAGACUUGUAUAGCUUUCUUACCACAUGGAUUUGUGGAAGAAGAAAAACAAGUGUAUAAAACAUUUUCA